AUGAAGAGAAGAAGAUUAGUGUUUGUAUGCCUCAAUUGUAAGAAACGAAGGGUCAAAUGUGAUAAGGGAAACCCUUGUUCUAACUGUGUAAAAUCAGGUAAAAAUUGUGUUUACAGUGAUGAAGUCACCAAUGGGAAGUCGUAUGUGUUGAGUACUUUCCAACCUUUGGAUCUUAAAAUCAAAUCUCCGCUUGGACAGAAUUCUAUCCAGCAUGGCGGAACUGAAAUUGCCAGUACCAAGAAUAGAGAUACUACUGGAAUAUAUUCAGCUAAACCUUCAAGUAGUGGUGGAACCUCGGAAAGCUCAGGUUCAGUUCCAGUUGAUUCGGUUGAUAAGCAAAUACCCAAUCCCGAUUCCGAGGCAACUGUAGAUGAAUUCAGUCUGGUUGACGGUAAAGACUCCAUUAUCCGGUAUGAAGAAGAAGGUGAAAUUCCAGGUAAGGAAACAAGCUUUUUUGAUACGGUCAAAGUCAGCUUAACCCAAUACGACUCGUCGCCAUAUUCCCUCAAGUCAUUCAUAGGAUUCAAUACCACCUUCAGAACGUUUCAUAAUUCGAUUCCGUUCCUUUUACAGAACCUCCACACCCCCAGUAGUACUUCAGUUCCUCCAAAAGAUGAAGAAUUCCUCAGUUUGGAUGAUAGAUUGAUACUGGUUCUACCUCCUCAACAAUAUUUUUGGCAAUUGCUUGAUAAAUUCUUUGCAACUAUCCACCCUGAGUUUCCAUUUGUGAUAAGAGAAGAAUUCUUUGAUGAUCUCAAUCCCAUAAUUGGGUCCACUGAUGAUAAAAUCUCAUUGAACAUUAGAACAAAUGAAGAUUACCUAACCAUCAUGUUGGCUUUGGUCUUCAUAAGUCUUGCAUCAAUCCCCAUUAUGACUCGGAAAAUCCUUCCAAAUCAAGAGUCUCUACACACAGAGGCUGAACUUAAAAGAUGUUUGAAACAUUCCCCAGAUAUUGUUUCUGUUGUGAAUUCUUGUAUCAAAUCAUUACCUGAAAGCAUGAACUUCAAGACUUUCCAAGUUUUAAAUUUCCUCAGAAUAUACCAUCGAUAUUCUCCUGAAUAUGAUGCAAAGGAGAUGGUGAUAAUUCUGGAGCGAAUCAUCGAGUUAGGAGAGAAAUUAGGGAUUCUUUACAAUACCAAUGAACUUUUGACUGUCAAUGAAUUCAAACUAGGGUUGAGGAUGAUUAUAUACUUUUCCAUUUGUGAAUCGUGUCAUGUACCCCUUUCUGCAAGACAGUUUCCAGGGAUUUUGAGAGUCCUUCCAUUUACUGUUCAGUUUUCUGAUAUUGCCAUAAACCACGUCGAUAACGAUGAUACUGUUAAAUUUCUUCAUUGCUGUACAAGGCUUUGGAAUGAAGUACUUCCCAAAAUCGUGCAAGUUCCAGAUCUAUUCUCAAACCCCAAUCUACCUAUAUCUGUAUUUAUCAAACGAAUAUCUGAUGUAGAAUUGAGUGUUCAAGAUCACUCCAAACUAUUCAAAUUCUAUUUAAAUGACGAGUCUAACAAAAAGACUAUCACAGAUUAUAACAAGUUUGUGGGUAAGAAUUCUAUGGGGAAGUUUGUCCUUAGUUACAAUCUUUUCUUCACCUUAAACUUCAACAUUAUACUACAAUUCCAAGAAAAAGGUUACUCCCUGUUUUUUUAUAAACUCAAACUAUUGAAGAAAGUAUAUGAAUGUUUGAAGUCUUUUCCUCCUUUGAUUCAAAGAUCUAAUAUGGAGAAUGAUUUCAUUAUCAAUCCUACUUUGCAAGUUCUUGUUUUCCGAAUCUAUCUCAUACUAAUAGAUUUGUAUAUUCAAUUUGGGAGUUAUUUAAAGAGUGAGCAAAUAAUGGAUUUAACUUCCAGGGUCAAACUAACAGAAGUGACGUCUCUGUUGAGGUUUCAAAUUCGAUAUUUGAUUUACUUGUUAUAUUUUUUUGUACCAAACUACUCAUAUGCUUGGAAAGCUUUCAAAUUGGCCAAAAUCUACUACCGGAAUCUUGAAAAGAGUUUGAGCGAUUCCAUAACUGACACCGAUUUUGAUGAUCCUACUUAUGCUAUUGAAAGAUUGGAUUUAUUGAUUUCCAUAAUCGAUAUCCCCAUACUUUUUGAUGAAUAUGAUUUUGAUAUGGACUCAGUAGAUCAGUAUGACGAUAAAUGGAGUGAUGGUUCAGACAUUUUCGAAGAUUUGAAUCUUAUCCAGUAG